AUGCGUCUCGAAAUUAAAACCAUAGCCGCGCGUGAUGCUCCGGAAAAUAAAUCAACGCUUUCUUCCUCAACUGUUACUGUUACACAGCACCUCGUUCCGUUACCGAAAAUCCAACUACCCAGUUUUAAUGGUAGUUUACUCAAGUGGCGAACGUUUCGCGAUGUUUGCAUAUCCCUUGUACAUGACAACACCGGUAUAGGUAACGCCGAACGCUUUCACUAUUUAUUUUCAUGUUUGUCUGGUUCAGCGCUCGAUUUAAUCAAAACGAUUCCGUUAUCUGCUGAUAACUACGCCGUCGCAUGGGACGCACUGUCUGAUCGGUUCGACAAUAAACGUCUUUUAGCGUCCGCACACCUUGAUAAGUUAUUCGCGUUUAAACCCAUUGCACGAGAAUCGCUACCAGCUUUAAUCGCGUUCGUCAACACUUUCAAGGAAAAAGUGUCAAUUAUCAAAUCGCUUGGUGUCGAUGAUCUCUCCAAUUUUUUGCUGUUCUAUAUGGGAUCUCGGGUUCUCGAUUCAACGACGCUUUCGUUAUUUGAAUCUAAUAUAUCUCAUUCAAAUAUCCCAAACUUCGACGAACUAUUAAGCUUUGUACAACACCGAUGUAAAAUUUUGGAAAAUCUUAACAAUUCAAGUAAACUCGAUCGCGAAGAUAAACCAUCCGAAAGAGCGAACGUCCGCGGUAAAUUUUCUAAAUCAACAAAAUCAGUGUUCACCACUACCACGUCUACAUCAGUCAAACUUAGGUCGAAAAAUUGUUUGUGUUGCGAUAAGCCUGACCACCGCAUAUAUCAAUGCCCGAAGUUCGCCGGAAUGACGGUUGAUAAACGACGAGAAACCGUCUUAUCUCAGAAAUUGUGUUUUGCGUGUAUGAGUCCGACUCAUUCUGUCAAUGCGUGUUCAUCAACUAAAUGUUAUAAUUUAUGCAACAGCAAGCUACACAAUACAAUGGUUACCCAAAUAUAA